AUGAGGCCAUGGAUCUUUACAAGAAUAUCUUCAACAAGCGGGAUGUUGUUCCGUAGCAUGUUUGUGUGUAGGUAUGUGACCAUGUGCACCGAAUUUCGGCGUUCGUCGUCCCGUAAAAACCUUUGUUUCUCGCCACUUAGAACUAGACACAUUUUUUUUGCGUAAUAGUAGUCAAGAAGAGUGAGACGUAGUUCGGCGUCUUGGCCCGGAUGCCGCGCCCUUUCGGUCCCCCUGGGACGCGACUGCUCUGGGCGAGCUCGCCUCUGCCUCGCGCUUCUCUGUGUUAAGUUAUGGCGAGUCAUAUCGCGACCAUACUAACACCAGAAGACUGAUUCGGCGCCGCAUACGACUCUCGCGCUGCAUGAUGUUGGAGAUCCGCGCGGCUUCCCAUAGUAACUAACUAACUAACUAACUAACUAACUAACUAACUAACUAACUAGUAGGCAAGUAAGAAUAAGAAGAGCAAGAGUGGAAUCAUAUUGAUUAUGCGACAUAUCUAGCCUUAUCAGUGUGAGGCGAAGCACGCCCAUGUACGUCUGCCUUUACGUUUUCAUGUAGUAAUCAACAAUAUUAAUAUCAGCACCAAAAAGUAAUAUAACAUAUCAUGUUCUUCUUCCUUCUACCCAAAGAGAACUAGAUGUGACGAAAUCGACCUAUGAGUAGUAUGAUGAGGUUCUUAUAUAGAGAUAGGGUUACGACAAUUCCUUAUCUCCUCAACCAAGCUUUACGUUGGUUAUCACUUCUUCUCAGAAAACUUUAAUUUAUGGCGUGGAUGCGUGGAGCCAUCACUAGCACACCAGAGUCUG